AUGCCAUAUGAGUUUGCCAGAAAACCUCGUAAGCUUGAUGAAGUUAAUCGUUGGAAGGCAACAGAGUUUCGUACAUUUUUGUUAUAUAUUGGAACUAUUGUUACCAAACCAGUUUUAACUGAUAAACAUUGGAAACAUUUUUUUGGUUUUAGUAUAGCAAUGUUAAUACUGCUAAGUCCUGACAAAUCUAAAUAUAUUCACAUUGCAAGAAAGUUAUUGGAUAAUUUCGUAAAAAAUUUUGAAAUUAUUUAUGGUCCACAUCUUAUAUCUCAUAAUAUACAUGGUUUAACACAUAUAUGUGAUGACUAUGAAAAAUUCGGUCCACUUGACAAUUGUUCGGCAUUCCCUUUUGAAAAUUAUAUGGGAUCCUUAUAG